AUGCCCUACCCGCAGCCGGUUUCCCCGCUUGCACUCGAAUCAUGUCCGCCCCGGGCCUCCACCAAUUUCGAUAAUAAUGAUGAUUGUGAUGAUGAUGGCACCCUGCUAGGGUCCGACGAUGAGCUGGACGAUGCUGCCAGGGCUGCAAAACGCCAGAGGAUCGAGUCGCUCGCCGAGUCAUAUCUACAGGGCCGUCCACUGUUUAUCCUCUCUGCGUCUCUUCGCGGACCCUUCGAUGCUGGCUGGGUGAAUCCAUGGAAGAAGACUCGCAAGUUGAAGAGAACUGGAGUGGGAGUGGGAGCGGCCUCGGCUCGAAACCGAGCUGGUGAUGCUCGUGCUGCUGCGGAGCCUGUGGUACAGGAGACGGAUUUGCGCCGCCCCAGGUUCCGGGAGGGCUUGUCGGGUGACUUGCGUGCUGCUCCGGAGGUUCCUGCGUCUUCUUCGUUCUCGUCGGCUGCUGUUGUCUCUGCUCGAGACUCUUGGGAGUCGUCGUCUAAAUUCGAUCGGCAACGACCUGCUCGGUCAACAGCUCGCGAUAAACGGGAUCUGGCGGCGUCUCGGUCACCGGCGAGAUCGAAAGAACCUUCUUCAUUGGCGGAUGACCGGUCUUUUGCCCCGCGUGGACCGGUGGAUUGGCUGAAGAAGGACCGUAAACGGAUGAACUUGAAUAAGUUCGAUCCGCCCAGCUCACCAACCCCUAGGGUUCUGUCCCGACAGACGGAGAAUGAAGCUCGUCGGAGGAGUACACCGCGCUCGGUGGACUCAGGGCCACGACUAUCUCCAUCGCGCGUGCGAACUCCGAAGAAUACUACUGCGAAGGAGAAUGACAAGACGGAUACAAGUUCUCCGGUUGACAAGUCACCGCGAUCAAGUCGAGUGGCUGUGCAGAUUCAGGACCAUAGCUCUACAGAUGUCCGAAUAUCUCCAUUUCCACGACGGAUAUCCCCCAACCAUGAACCUGGCCAUGGGUCCUCUUUCCGGGUCAUCUCGUCAUCAUCUCAGCUUCCGAGAUUUGAGUAUCGGCGGCGGCGCAGUCGUGGGACUAGUCAACAGGCUCAUUCGAAUUCCCCUGCAGACGAUAUUGCAGAGGAAGCCCCAGCCGCCAAAAAUGCAGACGAUGAGCAGGUAGAUGUGGUUAUGCCAGACGCUCAAGAUCAAUCUGACGAACGACACAUUGAUGCCAACGCCAAGGAUAGUGGAAGCCAUGUGCACUUACCGAAGGAUCUUCGGUUUGCAGACAACACAAGUGCCUCCAAUCCCGAGAGCACAUGUCCAACCGCUCCAACGGAACAGAACACAUGUGGGAACUUGCCUUCAGCACAGCAGGUGCCUGCGCUGCUCGGAGUGUCUGAUCGCAUCACAUCGUUGCACUCGACGGCUGUGCCAAAAGCAGAUACAGAGCAUACCAUGGACACCAAUCCUGAUACACAACUUUCUACCCAGGAAGCUCUUCACCAUGCCCAGAAGUCGUUUCAAGAGGACUUAGAAAGCCCAGAACCAAAUCACAGCACAACGCCUGGCCAGAAUCGCCGCACCUCUCGUUCGCCUAAUGGUGCAGCCCAUUCCGUCAAGAUCACUCCCUUUUCCCGACUCGCACUCUCAGAGCCGGAAGGCCAGCCGGACGCCACCAUGUCUGAGAAGGGCGGAAUGCAGCCUAUGAGCACGCAGUACAUGAUUGAAUCCACCACCCCUUUCACCUUCAGCACCGAGAAGAAACCCACAGCUCGCAGACCCGGCUCGCCACAAACUGCGAGUCCAAAGAAGCAGAAAACAGCGCAUGAUUCUGAAGUCUCGUCUCUUUCUUCCCUAUCCUCCGAUUCGCCUGAAAAUGAUUACCACACUGCGCAGCCCAGUGCAGAAGAUGAAGCAAGCCCGCAUCCAAGAGACCGAGCCUCUGAUUAUCCAACUACCCACCAUUCUACUACGCAGGGUACUGCUGCCUUGCCUUUUUCCCUGAGCGGAUCGACACCUCCGACUGCGCAGGAUGGGCAGGGAGCUGCUGAGAGCUUUAACCUCAGUCAGGCUAUUGCUGAUGCUGGUAGCUGGCUGCAGCAUAGUUUUGAUUUUAUGAGGGAUCCUCGACGCUCUAGUCAAAUGUGA